AUGACGAUGGGGACUUUUUGCGAAGCUAGAAGGAAAAGGGUAUACUUACUGGCCAUUAAAUCCACAGAAAGUGGCAAGGGUACAUAUGGGAGAGGGCAACAGCGACGACAUUUUGCCAGCCAGCUAGGAGGAAAAAGAGUAUACUUACUGGCCAUUGAAUCCACAGAAAGUGGCAAGGGUGCAUGGGAGAGGGCAACAGCGACGACAUUUUGCCAGCCAGGCAGGAAUAUGAUGAAUGUAGCACCAAAUGUGUCCCUGGUCAUACUGCAUGUUUUACUAUUGACGGCUGCCUGUCUGCCUGCUGCUUGGUCUCUACCAGAACCUCCAGACCUCGCCCACCUGAUGGCUACGAUGUAUGAUAGACCAUUCAGAUCUUUAGCAGACCUGAAUGCAUAUACAGAUAACAUUCUGGAUGUUGCAAAUCUUCAGAUUAGCAAAGCAUUUUCCGUAGAAACUCGGAGAUAUAAACGAGACCUUGACGUCACUUCCAUGAAGGUAAAUAGAACAGACAAACUGGCGCUCAGUAUGUCUAGUAAGCCUUCUCUCCUUCAAGAGGUCUCAGCAUUGCAGGCUGUGGUUGCGCAAGACAAAGACUAUUGGGUGUUAGGCUAUCACAGCCAUCAUAACCUCACGGUGCUCGAGGUAUCCAGAAAUGAAAGCGCACUGCACCAUUUAGUAGACUCAGAGUUAAAUAUUUUCGGUGGAGUGGACAAAAUUACUAGCCACAUCAUAGGCGGACAGCUCUGGAUCGCGGUGGCCCCCCCUUCAGCCAACUAUGUAGGAAUCGUGAGGGUGGACCUCGCUUCGCCGACGGCGGCCGAGUCCAGUCAGAUUAUCCCUGGAGAAGGCUUGGUGGGCGGCCUGUUAUGUUCGAGGCGGCGGGCGAGUUGUAUUUGGUCGUCGGCGCCAAGGACCCAGCCGGCGAUGGUUCAUUUCAUGCCAGAUCUCGAUUAUAUCGACUGAAUGGCAAUUACUUUGAUCGCCAAGAUGAGCUAGUCUUCAGAACCAAGGAUGUGUAUGAUGUUACAGGCUUCAGUGAAUGGGGCAAUUAUUAUCUCGUGUUUGCCAUGGCAUAUUCUGAAGGUUCACAAGUGUACAAGUUCGACCCUGUGGUACAAACUGUGACCCUCCUGCAACAACUUCCGGACACUGAUGUCUACAAAGUUUUGCACUACAUUGAAGCACAAGAAAACAAGCAUUAUAUUGUGACACUGAAUAAUGGAGGAUCUCCCAAAAUUUACUGGUGGACAA